AUGAAAAAGAAAUGGAUACAAGGGGUAUUAUGUUUGCCCUUGUUUGUUUUGCUACGCUUAUAUCUUCGAGAGAAAUACUAUAAUUCGCUGAACGAUCAUGAUCGGUCGAAACGAAUUUCUUACGGAACAUUUGAUGCAAGAGAAUUGGAAUUAAGCCAACCAUCAUUUAAUAUUUUUGAAGUAUCAACAACAACACAGGCGGUUUCGUGCUUAACUCAAUUCUUUAUUAAAUAUUGGAUUUUUGUGGUUUCCUUCGUUUUACUGUUCAUUUCAGUGCAGACACCUCCUGUUUUCUACACAGUUAUUUAUUUUGCGUUUUUCAGUGUACUUUUAAUUUUACUUCAGGUGUCUUUCGAUUUCUUUCGUCGUUCUCUUUAUCUCUAUUGGACGCUGCUUAUAUUCUAUUCAUCUGUGGUACUAAUCUCAAUAUAUUGCUAUCAGUUUUCUUUAGCUCCAACUUACUGGCGUCGCAUCACACAUCUUGACAAACAGUGGAAUCAUGAUAUUGGACUUAUUAAUUAUAAGGAAGAAGGGGAUUCCGGUGCCCUUUUUAUUCGGCUGUUAAAUCCAAUUUCAUUCUUCUUCAUAACUAUGCUGCAGAUGAAGUUUUUCCAUAAUGCAUGGAGUAGUCUGGUCACGUUACCUAGCGAAGCUGUCUUUAGUUCCAACAUACUUCAGAAUCCUCCGAGUCAAAUGAAAACUGUCUCGUCGAAAUUUUUAUUACUGUUAGAAGCGAGUAAAGAAAUUUUAUGGAGAUUUGCUGAAGUACAUCUGUCGAAAUUAAUUCUACUUAUUCUAACGCUUAUUGCUGUCAAUGAUAUAUGUGCAUUAAACUUGGUUUUAGUUAUAUUGGUCAGUUUGGCAGCUUCUAUGCCUCUUAUUUCAUUUUUAAUUUCAUUAUUUGCCUGUGUUUAUUUUUCAAUUUUCGCUAUAGCAAGAAUGCUCUAUCAGAUGCAUUUCGCUAUCGAUAAUGCCACAGAAACAAUACAACAAUUUGAUAAAUGCAAGCCAGAAGAUUUUCAAAUUCCUGCGAGUUAUUUUCAUUGGCUUGGAUUCCAGAAAUUCCAUUCUAGUAUAGGAAUAUAUUUGCUAGGAUUUUUAAUUGCUAUGAUUGCGAUUGCUUUUCAAGCAAUCGUUUAUUAUCGACAACGGCAUAUUCGUGCUUUAAGAGGGAUAGGAACACCCCCUCGUGGAAUCAUAUUUCAAGAUGCUGAUGCUGCGCAGUGGGAUUCCAGUCUUACGAAUUUAUUGAAAUUUCUAGCCAAUUAUUGCUUUUACAAAUUUGGAUUUGAGAUAUCUUUAAUUAUGAUGGUUAUUGUUGCUUGGAUCCGAAUGGAUUUGCAAGGCACCCUCUUACUUGUUUGGCUGUUUAUCUUCACUCUUUCACCACGUGUAAUAUGCCGAAAAUUGUGGCCCAUUUUUUUGCUUUAUUUGGCCAUAUUAUUCCCCUUACAGUACGCGUUAUAUGUCGGACUUCCACCUCCACUGUGUAUCGAAUAUCCGUGGAGUCAAUGGUUAGCCAAUGUAGUUCAAAAUGAUAACUUAAUUGCAUGGUUAGAUUUGGCCAGUUAUCGAGUGAAAUCCGUUGCAAGUCAUUCGAUCGCUGAUUUUGUCCUUUUGCUUAUGGUUGCCUGUCAGGAAAGUGCGUUCCGUGCUGAAAAUUCUGCACAUCCUGCGGGUGACAAUAAAAGCAUAUAUAAGGGUGGAGAAUACAAAUUGUUCACUGAAAACCCACGAUAUGAUUUUCUUAUUGAUCAGAGAAGCUUUGUUGAUUUUCUGAAAAUAGCUAUAUUUUUCUAUGGCCACUGGAUCACCCUUAUUAUGGUAUUAGCAGCAGGUCUGGGUGGUGUCUCUCUUUUUGCUCUAGGUUAUAUAAUCCUUGCUUUUUGGACUCUUUGGCAAGGAACUAAUUUAUAUAUUAUGCGAAAUUACGCAAGAACUAUGAAACGUUGGAAUACAGUGUUAUUGUAUACUGUUUUCGUAAUGUUUUGUAAAGUAGCAUUGCAAAUAAUGGGCUGUGUUUAUAUUCAUCUUCUAAAAGAUGCAAAUCUUUGUUAUAUUCGCCAGCUGCUCAGUAUUGUAUGUGUCAAUGAAGAUUCUACCGAGAAAUAUUAUUUUCCUGAUCAACUGGAAUUCGAUAAUACAUGUGUUGUACAAAAGUCAGAAACCAAAAUUGGUUUCGAUACUCUGGCUUUUGCAUUUCUUAUAUUCCAAAUAAGAAUCUUGCAUUCUUGGUACUUUCAGCAUUGUAUUCUUGAAUAUCGGUCCGAAGCUGUAUUAAUGAAUCGAGGGGCUGUUUUAAAAAAUCAGCUUAUUGAAAAAGAAAUGAAAGAGCAAAACGCUCACCAAAGAAAGAAGUUUAAUGAUAUAAAGAAUCGUACAGCACUUAUUCGUAAAACUUAUGAAGAACAACAGAAAUUAAGCACAGUAAGUGCAUUCACACCGCAAACAUACGCCCAAGCCUUUGUGGCGUCAGAGCGAGCUUCACUGAAUGAGGACGAUCCUUGCCAAUGGUAUGAUAUUCGUCGACUCAGCAAUCUUUCGGCGAAACGAGCUGGCGAUUAUUAUAUGUUUGAUUAUGAUCCAACUAUGGAUAAACUUGUUGAGCCCGUGGAAUCUUUUGUUCCUGAAGUAACACCUGGUGCUAGUGAUUUUAAUCAACUGGAUCCUGCUCAACUAAUGCACACGGUAGUACAGCAUGAUCUUGACAUAGCGCAAACACUUACAGCUGUUCGAGAAGCUGAACGAUUAAAAGACGAAGAAGAACGUAUGAUUAAAGCUGUAACUGAUACUGGAAGCUCGGUUAAGAUAGAUUUGGAUGGUGAAGAAGUUGUUGAAUCAGAUGAGUCGAAAAAAGAUGCAAUUUCUGAUUGGAUUAUGAUUAAAUUUAAAGGUGGAACCGUCUUAUCGCUUUUACGUUUCUUGCAAAAAAUGGUGGUAUCUGUACUUGGUUGGUUGGCUGCAUUUCUAAAUAGAAAUUCUCGUGAACAUCGUUACAUGGCAUAUGUUUUAGAAAAGGAGAAAAAUAACCUAAAGCAAACGAUGAAAGAGCCUCUGGUUGAUAUUACUCAACCGCUUCAAAUUUUGCGUGAAGAAUUCGAAAAAAGUAAUUUGCAUUGUGUAUCGAGUGAAGGAGAUAUCUACAGAUUGGAAAUAGAGGCUAUGCAUAACUGGCAACAGCGAAAUGUUUUUGCACGUUUUAUUACUGCCUUGGCAUAUUGUAUCGCUGCCAAUACAGAUAUUCUUUGUUAUUUUUUUGCCAUAAUUGAUCAUGCUCGAUCUGCUGGCUUAUUAUCAUUACCGCUUCCGCUCCUUGUCUUCUUUUGGGGAUCACUUGCAAAUCCACGUCCAGCAAAAUUAUUUUGGGUGGUUAUGAUUGCAUAUACUGAAUUAUCAGUAAUCGUGAAAUUUAUUUGUCAGUUUGGUUUCUUUCCAUGGAAUGAUACAGGUACUGUGAUCAGAAUGGCAAAUGCACCUAAUUAUUGGCCAGGAAUUCUCGGCAUACGUAAAGAAGAAUUCUAUGCUUUUUGGGAUAUUGCUUUGCUUGUUGCAUUGUUUUUUCAUCGAUAUAUGUUAAGAAAAUUUGGUUUAUGGAAAGAUGCUAAUAUAUCCAUAACAUUUACCGAGGAAAGUUCAACUAAUGGUACUCCUCAGGAUUUAUCGAACGAUCAUAAUCAAAAAGAACAGCAUAUGCAUGAUGAGAAAACUGAAGUUCAAAUUUUGGCUCCAACUGCUAGUACAGGGACUGGUGAAAGCGACAUUCAAAAGGAUCGCGGAAUUAUUUCCUCAUUUUUUUACGCACUUCUACAUACGAAAUUUCGUUACAUUCGUGAUCUUUAUCCUUUUAUGUUCUUCGUGGACGUUAUUUGUUUUUUCAUUGUUUCAUUUGGCUAUUCGUCGUUUGGUUAUGGAGGAACAGGCAGUGUUAUCAAAGAUAUUAGCUCAAAUCGCGUACCAGUGACAUUUGUUGUUAUGUUAAUCGUUAUAUCAUUGAUGAUUGUUGUUGAUCGUGCUUUAUAUCUUCGUAAAGCCGUCAUUUGCAAAUUAAUUUAUCAGGCUGCUUGGGUAAAUCGAACCGCGCAAUUUUUAUAUAUUGUUAAAUGUAUUUAUUUACUAAUCUCAGCAUGGCAAAUACGUAACGGAUAUCCAGUGCUAUGUACAGGGAAUUUGAUUACUCAUGCUUAUGGACUCACUAACAUGGUCCUAUUCAAAAUAUUCAUGGGAGUGCCUUUUCUUUUUGAACUUCGUACAUCAAUCGACUGGACUUGGACAGAUACUUCGAUGCCUUUAUUCGAUUUCUUUAAUAUGGAAAAUUUUUACGCUACUUUAUAUAAUUUGAAAUGCGCACGGACGUUUGAGCAGAAGUUUCCUGCUCCUCGUGGCGUGGCGAAAGGCCCCGUCGUCAAGCAUUUUAUGGGAAUACCUAUGAUCAUUAUUCUAAUCCUCGUAAUCUGGUUACCUUUGUUGGCGUUCUCUUUAUUGAAUCGAAUCGGAAUGACUUCGUCACCAACCAAAGUUCAGUUAGAAAUCAGUGUUGAAGGCUACCCUCCGUUAUAUUCUAUCGUUGCACAAGGAUUGGAGCUCGAACGUUUAACUGAAAAUGAAUUUUUUUUUAUUCGAGAUGCUUUUUCUGAAAGGUUUAAUUCAUCUGACCAAAAUUCAAUACUUCGCGCUCGUCAAGCCGUUGCAUUCAUAAAUGAAUACGCUCUUGUUGAUAUAUUAAAAAUUCGGUUUCGUCCGCAAUCUCAAGAAUAUUGGUCAAUUUCUGGUGAUUCUUUAAUUGCCAUGAAGUACGAAUUGAAUGAAAGCGCUGAUGUAAUCAAUGUCAUAAUCAAAAUGGAAUUCGAGCGUCCGAGUAGUGGAGACUCCAAAGAACCUUUGAUCCAUUCUGGUACUACAAAAAUUCCCUUAGAACCAAAAUCUCCUGUGCGUGAACAAUUAAUCCGUGUUUUGAACACAAGUGAUCCAACUCUAAAAAUUAAAUUAUCUCGUGCACUCUCGCCCUAUGUGAUAGUGCCUAAUGAAGGUGAACUUAAAGUACCGCCAGCCUUAUUAGCCUUAUUGGAAAAUUCCGCAAUGUUGGACCGUAUUGAUCAAACUUUUUCGGAUGUUUUUCUUAGUUUAAAGAGCAAUAGUGAGCGUGAUAUGUUGUGGGUAGCAGAACUAGAGCAAUCAAAUGUGACUUCGUCUUUGACAUUACCUCUGGAGUACAUAAAAUAUGAAACCAGCAGAUCUUUGCAAUAUUUGCAACUUGUGGCUUUUGUAGAUCGAGUAUUUCCUACUUUUAUAACGAAAUAUGUUCAAGGAGGCAUUAUUGCCAUGUAUCUGGCUGUGGUACUUUUGGUUGGUCGGUUAAUUCGUGGCAUUGUAACGAAUGGGCCACUUGAUGUGAUUAUUUCUGAAAUCCCUAACCCAGACUAUUUGCUGAAAAUCUGUCAAGAUAUUUAUUUAGUUCGUGAAGCUAAGGAUUUUAUUUUGGAGCAGGAUUUGUUCGCAAAAUUGAUAUUCUUAUUCCGUUCACCGGAGACAUUAAUUAAAUGGACGAGGUAUAAAGUCAAAUCGGAAUAA